AUGCCGUGCUGCCAAGUUUCUACAAACAUUAACGUUUCGGAUGAUGCCGCGAAGAAGGCGCUCACGCAAAUUGAAAAUGCCAUAUCCCAAGUGAUGAACAAACCCAUGGGAUACAUUAUGAGCAACCUGGACUAUCAGAAGCACAUGCGUUUUGGAGGUAGCCACGACGGCUUCUGCUUCGUAAGGGUCACCAGCAUAAGUGGAAUUAGCAGGUCGAACAAUACUGCCCUGGCAGAUAAAAUUACAAAAAUUUUGGCCAACACCAUAAAUGUCAAGUCAGAACGCGUCUUCAUUGAAUUUAAAGAUUGCGCUGCUCAAAACUUUGCUUUCAACGGAUCGCUCUUUGGUUAA